AUGCGUCACAGAAGAAAGCAGCUGUUGUGUCGGAAGCCUGAUCUCGUGCCGGUCAGAGAUAAUGAAGUCGAGUUGGGAGGAUCGUUGGCGUGCCCUCGCAUCGCACCUGGCCCAAGCCCACCGACCCAAAUGAAAAGUGGAAUCGACAACGAUCCUUUCCCAAGUCUUACUGAGAAGGGCGAGUUAGGAGAGCGUCCACCUGAAGAAAGGGGCUUGACGACGACCAGGCCGCAACCACUGAGAUCCCUUUGUCUGCUUGUUUCUCGAAAUCGAGAUCGGUUUCGGCUGGUCAAAAAAUCACUUUCUCGCUGUGUUACUUUUGGUUCUUAA